GGCAUGAAAACAGCGUCGUGCUGUCAACAAAUUAACAACUUUUGGCGAACCACAGCUCCGAACGGGCACAGCUCACAACUCUUCGAGGCAAUCAGGCUAAUCGAUUGGUAAAGUAGUGGCCGUGGCCUGGGUGUGCCGAAUGUUCGUCCGUUGAGUGUGCAUUUUAUUUCGUGUACUCACUCCCUCCCUUCCAAUUACCAUUCUUCCCGAGUAGGACUGAAGGUGUAGACUGCGUGUGUGUGUGUGUGCGCUUUUGUGUGUUGUUUUUGUAUAUUAAAUGUGCUCAUAGUCCACCCAUCGGUAGCCCCAGUAGCUCCAUCAUUUGCCCGGUCCGGUACUAAUUUGGUCAACGUAAAAUCAUAUUUAGUUAGGCAUGGCGUCACCCUUCCGCUAUACACACGCAAUCACUGCCAGAAUUCCACUAUCGCUAAGAACACGGGGAGAAAUAGAUCUAGAAGAGGCAAAAUUGCAGCAUGAAAGCUAUGUAAAGAUGUUACGUGACCUAGGGUUGGACGUGAUCGAACUGCCGCCGGACGAAAAUUUACCCGAAUGUCCGUUCGUCGAGGACUGCGCCGUCGUUUGCAAUGGAAUCGCAUUAAUUUGCCGGCCCGGCGAUCCCCAUCGGUUGCAGGAAGUCGAGGCGGUACGGGCUGUACUGAAGAAGGAACUGGAUCUUCCACUGGCAGAAAUAGCCGAUCCAAACGCUAGACUGGACGGGGGCGACGUGCUGUUCACUGGGCGCGAGUUUUUCGUCGGACUCAGCAAGUGGACCAACGAGGCCGGAGCUCGCGCUGUGGCGGCCGCCUUUCCCGAGUAUCCCUGUGUUCCGAUUAAGGUAGAAGACGUAGACGAAGUGGUGAAUCCUAUUACGUUGGAUUUAGUCAGUGGAGUCAUUCAGGUAACGGAACAUCACCAUCUCAAGUAUUACGUGUCCAUGGGAGGACCCGACGUACUCUGCGUCAGUCGGAGCAAGGAGUCGCAAGAGAUCUUGAAACGGAUCGAAAGGGAAGCAACGUUUACGUACCACACGCUGACGCUACAGGAGGAGACAGCAGCUAAUGUGCUGUACAUCAACGGCACACUCGUCACGCGAUCCGUGGACGAAAUUCCAGUCUCGACGCAGAUUUUGUCGCAGAAAAUUGACGCUCCACGCCAGAUGCUGUAUAUGUCCGAGCUGGGCAAGUUUUCCAACGGUCUUACUGCGUGCUCUAUUCUGGUCAAACGUUCCAAGCACAUCAAGAGCCAUUGAACGAAAAACAAAACACAACUCAUCGACAAGCUCUAGAAACGCGAGAAUCGUUACAUUUUUCUCUUUUUUCGUUAGUUAACUUAUUUUGUGUGCAGUGUGUGUUGCAAAACACAAAACAUUUUUUACGUAUUUUAUAUAUAUAGUUUUUGUGUAUGUUGUUCCAUGACCGAGUAAUUAUGAUUAUAUGUUUGCUUUAGGAACGAAAUAUUCCUGAAGAUGUGUUUUUAAAUCUAUUUAUUCUUUUUCCAUAACUGGUUGUGUAUGUUUGGCAGCGAAACCUGCUGCUCACAAGUAUUGUGAAAGUAUUAAAUUUAUUCUGCACACAUUUCAAAAGGUUGCCGUGUCGCGUGUCCACAGAACUACGUUACGUAUUUCUCAGUUGCGUUUGCAUCUCAGUUUCGUGUAGAUGUGGUUAGUAAUUCCAACACGGCGGCAACUAAACAUAUAAUUUUUCGCGGACAAUUGUCGAUACUAGUCAUCUAAAUGGGCAUUACUACUUUCCAACUCCAAAACCCAAACUCCAGUGUACACCACCACGCCACGGGCGAAAGCUGCCCGUUGCUAAUGGUACAAAAUUCUUGCUGCUUAAAAAAUUCCUGACUUUUUCCCCAUUUUAAACCACUAUCGUUCCAAUGAUAUUAAUCUUAAUGCUGGCGAAUACUCUCUCUCUCUCUAUCUCUCUUUUCUGGAGUGCGAAGAAAAAGGGGUCGCAAAUAAAAAUCUCAUUCUAAACCUAACUCAAUUCUAACUCGAUAUUUUCGGUCGCAACCUGCGUUUUUGCUGAAACUGUACGCGGUGUGUGAGGAGUACAAAUGUGUAUUUUGCAACUGUUUCUCGACAAAUAAGUAAAACGAAAAAAAAAACAACAAAGGGAGAUAUUUACAACGUAGCAAUUUAGUUCGUAAACGACAUGAUUCUUCUUUACUAUCUCUAAUACACGCGAACCUUGAUAAUUGAGCGAAAGGAAUAAAAGAUGUGAAAUUGUAGCUUCUUUAAAA